UCAAGGAGAUGACAAAAACACUCAAAAGUAAGAAAAAAAAAAGAAAGAAAGAGAGAAGAUGAAUAAGGUGCAUGGUCUGUUCUUGGUGGCCAUUUUCUCUAUUGUUUAUACACAGCUGGUUAAUGGCCAUUCUUUGCGAGGUUGCCAAAAUAAAUGUGGCAACCUCUCAAUCGAGUACCCUUUUGGCACUUCUCCAGGUUGUUACUACGUGGAAGAUCCUAGUUUCCUACUCACCUGUAAUGAAACAACAAACGAGCUAUUCUAUGGCGUCAACAUGCAAGUGAUCAACAUUUCUCACAGCGGCGAGCUACGCUUCCUCAAGUCUCCAUCCUUCUCUUGCUACAACAGCACAGAUCUGACUGAUAGAAUUACCUACAACACUACUCUGGGUAACUUCACUCUUUCCAACAAGAACAAGUUCACUGCCGUGGGUUGUAACACUUACGCCUUCAUGACCACAACUUAUGAAGAUCGGAACUACUCGACUGGAUGCUUGUCCAUAUGCGAUUCCAUCCCAAAGGAAAACGGGGUGUGUUCUGGUGAAGGCUGCUGUCAUACCUCCCUCCCUAAGGGGAGCAAACGUUUCAUAAUCAGAUCAAGCCGCUUUGACAGAGAUGCGUCUGUUUAUGACUUUAAUCCUUGCUCCUACGCCUUUCUUGUCGAAGAAGGUAUGUUCAGCUUCUCUCCUUCCCAAGAUCUUCAGAAUCUACGGAAUGUCACGAAGUUCCCUGUAGUACUGGAUUGGUCUAUUGGAGGACAGACAUGCCAGCAAGUUGCAAACAAAAGCAUAUGCGGCACGAACAGCCUGUGUUUGGAUUCUACUACCGGAACAGGUUAUAAUUGCAAAUGUAAAGCCGGUUACGAUGGGAAUCCAUACCUUCCAGAAGGCUGCCAAGACAUAGAUGAGUGUACUACUAGUAGUACUAUCCAUAAACAUAACUGUUCAGAUUCCAGCACCUGUGUAAACACGAUGGGCCACUUCCUUUGUAGUUGCCCAUCUGGUUUUGACUUGAAUGCCACCACCAAUGGCUGCAUGCGUAAACACAAGCCUGAAAACCAUCCAUGGAUUAUUAUUGUUCUUGGAACAACCGUCGGCUUAUUCGCCAUCCUGCUUGUUACUAUCUGUGUACAACAGAAAAUGAGGCACAUGAAAAACAUUGAGCUCCGGAAACAAUUCUUUGAGCAAAACGGGGGCGGCAUGUUAAGGCAGAGACUCUCAGGAGCAGGGCCAUCAAAUGUUGAUGUCAAAAUCUUUACUGAGGAAGGCAUGAAAAAAGCAACUAAUGGUUAUGACGAAACUAGAAUCUUGGGUCAGGGAGGCCAGGGAACAGUCUACAAAGGGAUAUUACCGGAUAACUCCGUAGUUGCUAUAAAGAAAUCUCGGCUUGGAGACAGCAGCCAAGUAGAGCAGUUCAUCAACGAAGUGCUUGUGCUUUCACAGAUCAACCAUAGGAACGUGGUCAAGCUCUUGGGAUGCUGUCUAGAGACUGAAGUACCCUUGCUGGUCUACGAGUUCAUCAACAGUGGCACCCUUUAUGAUCGCUUGCACGGUUCCAUGUCUGAUUCUUCUCUUACUUGGGAACACCGCCUGAGGAUAGCAGUGGAAAUUGCUGGAACUCUAGCAUAUCUUCACUCCUCUGCUUCUAUUCCAAUCAUCCACCGUGAUGUCAAGACUGCUAAUAUUCUCCUGGAUGAAAACGUAACUGCAAAGGUAGCUGACUUUGGUGCUUCAAGACUGAUACCUAUGGAUAAAGAGCAGCUCACAACUAUGGUGCAAGGCACUCUAGGUUACUUGGACCCAGAAUACUACAACACAGGGUUGCUAAACGAGAAGAGCGAUGUCUAUAGCUUUGGGGUAGUCCUGAUGGAACUGCUCUCAGGCCAAAAGGCAUUGUGCUUCGAAAAACCUCAACAGUCAAAACAUCUUGUGAAUUAUUUUGCUUCAGCCAUGAAAGAAAAUAGGUUGCACGAGGUUAUUGAAGGCCAAGUGAUGAAAGAGAAUAACCAGAGGGAGAUACAUGAAGCUUCAAGAAUUGCUGUUGAGUGUACAAGACUGAUGGGAGAGGAGAGGCCAAGGAUGAAAGAAGUAGCUGCACAGCUUGAGGCCUUGAGAGUGUACAAGACUGAUGAGAGAGGCCAAGGAUGAAAGAGCCAGUAGCUGC